GCUUAGUGAGAAAAGAACUUUUUUUUUUAAGAUAGUGGGAAAGAACUUGGAAAAUCCUGGUGUCAGUGGUCCCAAUAAUUUCUCAAUUAUUUGUUCUUACUACUUACUGGUUUUGGAUCAAUUUUAUUGUCAUUAUUACAAUCCAUGGUUCAUUAAAAGCUUCUAUAUGUCCAAACCCACUUUUUCAUUCUCUUUAUUCCUCAAAUUCUGCUCCAAUAAAUCGACCCUUUUAGCAUCUCCAUCCUUUUGCAUUUUAUCAUGCAAAAAAAACUACUUGAUAAAUGUUAAAAUCAUGACAUUAUUGAUCAUCCCAAAACCCCAUCUUCAUUUUGCAGCAAUUUUCAUGCUUUAGUUAGGUAAAAGUUGGUACAAAUUCUGCUGCUCACUGUUCAAACAAUAACUGAAAUUUGUCUGUUGAAUGUGAGAAUAGUGCAAAAACCAAAACUUUUGAUUUGGGUAAUCAUAAAUUUGAGCCAAUUAUGGAGUUUAGUGAAAAAGAAAGAAAUUAGGGUUGAAGAAAUUGAAGGAUGAAUAAAAAUCAGAAGAAAGUUGUUGUGGUUGCUGUGAAAGCUGCUAAUGAAAUUCCAAAAACUGCAAUGGAGUGGGCAUUAGCUCAUGUUGUUCAACCUGGGAAUUGCAUUAAGCUUUUGGUUGUCACUUCUCCUCAAAGUUUUGGAAAAAGGCUGUGGGGGUUGCAAAGGUUUACCACUGACUGUACUAGUAGAGCAUGGAGAUCUCACACGGGGACUCUCUUGGAUCAAGAGGAAGACAUUUCUGAAUCUUGCUUACAGUUGAUGCAUCAGUUGUGUAAAGAUCAGAAAUCCGGCAAGAUAAGUAUGAAGAUAAAAGUUCUGUCUGGUUCUGUUGAUGGAGUUGUGGCGGCUGAAGUCAAUAGAGAUCAAACAAACUGGGUGAUAUUGGACAAAAGGCUUAAGAAUGAGGCAAAACGCUGUAUGGAGCAGCUUCACUGCAAUGUUAUCUUCAUGAAAGGAUCUCACCCUAAGGUUCUCAGAUUAAAUUUGACUGGAUCCGAUGAUGUGGAACCUGAAAUGAUAAACUCACUGUCAUUGAUAUCCGAAGCACCACAUCAAAAUGAUUCAUACGAUUUUCUUGAUACAAUUCGAGUGCCAAAUGUGACUCCCAUUAGUACUCCUGAGCACGACACAUCUUACACUGCAACUGAUGUAGGAACAUCGUCUAUAUCAAGCUCAGACGCAGGGACUUCGUCAUAUUUUCCCUCGGGGACAAUUGAGGACCAAAAGAAAGAACUUUUAUUAGUUGCUAGUGAGAGUGAUGUAUUAGAGGAUUCUGAUACAGACAAUGAAUCAAUGAGUUCAACAAGUUGUUAUCAACCAUGGAUGCUGAGUAGUCCUAUCAUUGGUAGCUUCAACUCAAGAUCUGGUAUAGAUGGUUCACUAAGAUCUACAGAUCAAAUUCUGGCUUGUGCAUCAAUAAAUCUGCUGAAGAAAUUCUCUGUUGCUGAGAUGCUAAAUCCUAGGCAGAAAUUAAACUCAAACUCAAUAAGUGUUCGGGAGGCUAUCUCAUUGUCUAAAAAGUCACCUGCUGAUCCACCACCAUUAUGCUCAAAAUGCCAGCAUCAGACACCGGUAUUUGGGAAACCCCCCCAGUCAUUUACCUAUGCAGAGCUGGCAACGGCAACCAAUGGAUUUUCUAUCAACAAUUUCUUAGCAGAAGGUGGGUAUGGUUCUGUGUACCGUGGAGUGCUACAAGAUGGACAGAUCAUUGCUGUGAAGCAAUAUAAACUGGCUAGCUCUCAGGGAGAUUUAGAGUUUUGCGCUGAAGUGGAGGUCUUAAGUUGUGCUCAACAUCGUAAUGUUGUAACGCUGAUAGGGUUCUGUGUGGAGGGCGGAAGAAGAUUGUUGGUUUAUGAAUACAUAUGCAACAAUUCUUUGGAUUAUCAUCUUUAUGGCCGUAGUUGCAAUACGUUAGAGUGGCCUGCAAGGCAAAAGAUUGCUGUUGGAGCUGCUAGAGGACUGAGAUACCUGCAUGAAGAGUGUCGAGUUGGCUGUAUUGUCCAUCGAGAUAUGCGACCAAAUAAUAUCCUGUUAACCCAUGAUUUUGAACCCUUGGUUGGGGACUUUGGAUUAGCAAGGUGCCAGCCUGAUGGCGGCGUAGGUGAACAAACAAGAGUGAUUGGGACAUUUGGGUAUCUAGCUCCUGAAUAUGCUCAAAGUGGUCAAAUUACUGAGAAGGCUGAUGUCUAUUCAUUUGGCAUAGUGUUAUUAGAACUUAUCACAGGACGGAAAGCUGUGGAUAUAAAUCGGCCCAGGGGAGAGCAAUGCCUGACAGAAUGGGCACGACGUGUAGUUAAAGAAGUGAAUAUCAAAAAGUUGAUUGAUCCAUGCUUGGGAGAUAGCUAUGUGAAAGAGGAUCUUUGCUCUAUGUUACAGUGUGCCUCAUUGUGCAUCAGAAAGGAUCCUGAUUCAAGGCCUCGUAUGUCUCAGGUUCUGCGAAUGUUGGAGAGUGGCAUGCUGAGCCCAACCAGUUAAGUCCCGGGCUCAAUCAGAUUAUCAGAGUCAAUUCAUGUUCAUAUCAUGGUUUAUGCAAAUCAACUUGUAGAGCCACAAGGAGAAUGGACAAGGCAUGCCAAGCUUCUGUCGCGACAUAUUUUAUUUAUUUUUGAACGAGAAAAUGAGAAAGCUAAUCAUAAAAUGUCAUGUAACUUGUAAAUAUUCCAAACUCCCCUAUUUUUUUUAGUUAUGUAGAUAAAGAUUGUGUCAGCAUAUGAUUGGUUUCCUCAUUUUCGCAUUUCUCAUUGUAGACGGCCAGUGAUAGAUCGAGAGUGUACAGGUAGAAAGUGUGCACACUUAUUCAUAUGCUUCGUGAAAAAUAAUGUGUGAAUAAAGGUUUCCUUUAUCUGUA